UGUGGCAAUGUCGCGAGUGUGAUGGGCUCCUACAACCAGGUUAAUUGUAAGCCCACUUGUGCAGACCCAGACCUUCUCGCCAGGAUUAUCCGAGGAAAAUGGAAAUUGAAGGGAUACAUAGUUUCAGAUUGCGAUUCAGUGAAAGUGUUCUAUAAUACCAAGCACUAUACUAAAACACCAGAAGAGGCUGCAGCUAAGGCCAUUUUGGCAGGGUUGGAUCUUGACUGUGGAACUUUCCUUGGCCAACACACUGAAGCCGCCGUGAAAGGCGGAUUGUUGAAUGAAUCUGCGAUUGACAAGGCCAUCUGUAAUAAUUUUGCCACGCUGAUGAGGCUUGGCUUCUUUGACGGCGAUCCGAGGAAGCAGUUGUAUGGAAAGCUCGGCCCGGAUGACGUGUGCACACCGAGCAACCAGGAGCUGGCCCGCGAAGCUGCAAGGCAAGGGAUUUUGUUGCUUAAAAACACGGCAGGAUCAUUGCCCUUGUCCUCGACCGCCAUAAAGUCCUUGGCGGUGAUUGGACCAAAUGCCAAUGUCAUGAAGACCAUGAUCGGGAACUAUGAAGACACUCCUUGCAAAUAUGUGACGCCUUUGCAAGGCCUAGCAGCCGUCGUUUCGACAACGUACGUGGCCGGCUGUGCAGACGUAGGGUGUGGCAUGGCCCAGACAGAUGACGCGAAUAAGGCUGCAGCUUCAGCAGAUGCGACAGUGCUUGUAAUGGGUGCCGACCAGUCAAUCGAGAAGGAGGGUUUGGACCGGGUCGACCUCCACCUCCCAGGCCAGCAGUCGCUCUUGGUCUCGGAAGUGGCGAACGUGUCCAAGGGGCCUGUGAUCCUUGUGAUCAUGUCGGGGGGAGGGAUGGAUGUGUCAUUUGCGAAGGAUAAUGACAAGAUCACAAGCAUUUUGUUGGUCGGCUAUCCCGGCGAAGCCGGCGGCGCUGCAAUGGCGGACGUGAUUUUCGGUGACCAUAAUCAUAGUGGAAGACUGCCAAUGACAUGGUAUCCGCAGUCGUAUGUAGAUGCCGUCCCGAUGACAAACAUGAACAUGAGACCCGACCCAGCAACGGGCUACCCUGGCAGGACGUACCGCUUCUACAUCGGCCCUACCGUGUACUCGUUCGGGGAAGGGCUGAGCUACUCCGACAGCCACAGUCUAGUCCAAGCGCCACAGCUUGCGUAUAUGCCCUUAGAGGAGGGUCAUGUUUGCCGCUCAUUGGCAAAAUCAUUGGAAGCCAUCGGCAAAACGUGCUCAAAUCUGGCCUUAGACGUGCAUCUGAACAUCAAGAACGUGGGAAGGUUCAGUGGUAGCCACACGGUGUUCUUAUUCAGCAGCCCUCCAUCGGUGCACAGGGCCCCUCAGAAGCACUUGCUAGGCUUUGAGAAGGUGUUCUUGGCCUCGCAGAGUGAGGCGCAACUGCAGUUCAAAGUCCACGUUUGCAAGGACCUCAGCCUGGUUGAUGAGCUCGACCACCGAAAGGUCGCCUUGGGGACACAUGUCCUCCACAUCGGUGACUUGAAGCAUGCAUUGAGCGUGCAGAUUGGAUCGUCCAGGCUCUCCCUAUGGCAGCCCUCGAUGGCCCCCAAUCUAUUAGAGUCGCCACAGAUGUUCUAUAUAACUUUCGUGAAGAAGUCAAAGUGA